AUGGCUGGGAAGGGGGUUGCCAGGCAAGCGAUUGGGAAGCGUCCUAGAGAUGAUGAUGAAGGCCUGGUUGCCGAUGUGUUGGGAAAGAAGAGAGCGCUAGAGGAAGCUCACCGAAGUAUGAUGGGAAUAGGGUCGAGGCUUCCUCCCUUUGACCUGCAGGCGCUUCCGAAGCUCCCCUUUGGUAUGAAGGACGUUUAUGCCGAGGGAGUGGAGAAAAUGGACUUCUCCAGGCUGCGUCGGCAAAACAAGAAGGUGAACCUGGCCAUGCAUCGGCAGGAGGUUCCCUUGGUGAACGUCUUCUUGGAAGGCGUGAAGUGUGACCCUGAAGCCUAUGGUGAGAUGUACGGGAACAUGGCCAAGGCAGAUAAGGAGAUCCAGAGGUUGAAGAGGCGCAGUGAGAUGGCCAAGGACAAGAUAGCAGAGGCGCAGGAUGCCAUUCGGGAGAAGAACGCCCUGCUGUUGCAAAAGGCGGCGUUGGCCAGAGAGGUGGAGGAGCUGAAGCAGUGA